AUGGAAGAUAACAUAGAAGGCAUGAAGGAUGAGCCUAUUCCCAAUUUGAAGAUUGUAAUUCUAGGAGAUCUGGGUGUUGGUAAAACUUGUUUGAGGUCUCAAUUCAUAUAUCAUAUAUUUACGAAUGCCUAUAAGGCAACGAUAGGAGGAGAUUAUCUUACGACUACGGUGGUAAUACCGAGAGAAGAGACAGAUCAUGGGAGUCAAAGAAUUGAACACGGUACAGAAAUUGAAGAUGAGCAUAAUAGUAGCGAAAAUACAUUGGCAGGAUGUAAAAGCAUUCCAGAGAAGGUAAAUUUACAGAUAUGGGACACAGCAGGACAGGAGAGAUUUAAUUCGAUCUCGCAGGCAUUUUAUAGAGGUACCGAUGUAGCUAUACUAGUGUACGAUAUUACGGACUAUGAGUCUGUGCUAAGUCUUCGGGGAUGGUUUGAACGAUUCAUAGAGCACAGCCAUGUUGAACGGCCUGGAGUCAUGAUAAUUGGCAAUAAGAUAGAUAAGGAGAGCGAACGGUGUGUGGAUAGAGAUGAAAUACGAGAAAUUCUCAACAAAAAUACGGAUGUAAGUAUUGAUAACUAUGUACGAGAUUGGGACGCAGAUUUGCUAGAGGUGAGCUGCAAGAAACGAGACUUGGUGGACAAGUUGUUUGAACGGGCAGCUCAGUUAGGUGUCGAGAUACUGACCAACUCGGGUGACAAAAAUGCUAAGAAUAUGCUAAGUUUUGAUAGCAUUGACCUUCAGCAGGGAAUAAGUCGUGCUUCUUCUUCUUCUCGGUGCUCAUGCUAG